UGUCAUAUGACUCCGAUGAAAAGCCUGAUCCCGCUGAGGGCGAGCGGCGCCGGAGUCCUGUCCGCAGCACUUGUCAGACAUGAGAUGCUGUAGGCUCACACUCUUUGCUCUCACUGCUCGAUAAUAUGAGGAGGAUGACGUCUCGGGCUCUUCUGCCAGCGAUCGCCGCCGCUUGUUACAUAGGCCUAGUGGUGAGUCAAACCACACUCACGCCGGCUGUGACCAACGCCACCCCCAUCGCCAACGUGACCAGUCCGACUCCGACGCCUGUGGUUGCGAGCACGACGCCGGGCUGCUCUGCCUUCAACUUGUCUGCGUGUGAACCCUGCGCACCAGGGUCGCAAUACGACAACCGCACCCUGCUGUGUGCGUGCUGCUCCGACCCUGGGCUGUGUCUAUUUCCUGGAGCCUGCCUCCCGUGCAGCAGAGGGUUCUACCAGCCUCUCGCGGGUCAGCAGCGGUGUCUCCCCUGCAACCGGGGAUUUUAUUCUAAUUUCACUGGAAGUCCAUUAUGUCGUCCCUGUCCUUCUGGAUCCUUUAACAAUAACACUGGCAGAGACAAUUGCACAACUUGUUCACCAGGCUUCUUCUCAUCACAGAGUUCAACGUCAUGUUCUCCAUGCGCGCAAGGACGGUUUUGCAACGCCUCUGGUUGCAGUGAGUGUCAGGUGUGUCCUGCAGGAACAGAAGCUCUGCAGGCCGCCGCUAAAGACUGCACGCCGUGUCGGCCAGGCAUGCACAAAGCCGCCCACCAGACUAUGUGUCAGAUCUGCGCCAGUGGCUUUUUCCAGAUCCACUGGGGCCAGGAGAGCUGCGACGUGUGCCCGGAGAGCCACUACUGCCCCAGUCCAGAUGUGAACCCCAUCCAGUGCCCGAGCGACGCCUUCUGUCCGGCGGGCAGCCUGGCUCCGGGCUACUGCAUGGAGACCUUCUUCCGAAAAGCAGGGGACACGUGCGAAUUGGCCCCUGUCACUAUUGCUCUUUUAGUUAUUGGAGGAGGAGUCACCGUGCUCUUCAUCAUUUUACUGGUUCUGCGCCGCCGUAGAGAUGCUGGAGAGCUGACUGUAGCUCGAGCUCCGUUAUUAUGCAAAGAGCGACCUCAGGGGCGAUACUAUGGAAUGCCCUGUGACGCAGAGCCUGUGUACGCCGGCUGGUGAACCACGGGAGCUCGGUUCAGCGUUGUGAUUGGACUCCAUGUGGAACAUCGCUGAAGACAAAAGAGAGCUGACGAAGGAAAACUGAUAAAGUAUUUAAGUGACAUCCUGAGCAUUUGUGAUAAAACAGAAGUAAAUAAUUGUAAGUUUUUUUUGUAGUUUGACUCUGUUACAGUUGUUGGAUUGUGAGAGGUGUGAUGAAACCGUGGAAGUGACACAUGUGCUGCAAACCCCUCUCUUUCAUUAAAGCACUUUUAAGAGCACACAGGUAGUUAACGGCCUUUGCACUGGUUGCACUAGUCUCCUUCUGCUCCCUUGUUGGUUCCACAGUGACGGGUGUAAACUGUGUAUUUAACUGCAUUACAAUGUGUGUGUGUGUGUGUGUGUGUGUGUGUGUGUGUGUUGUUUAAUUGAUAUUUUUGCUUGAUGUUUUCUUUCACUUUUGAGAUUAUAUUUGUAUGUUUUAAAAGAAAAUUAAUAAAAAAAAUAUUCAGGUGA